GCAAAGCACUCUGCCUGCCGUGCUCGGAGUUGGAGUUGGGAGUUGAAGCACCACCACCAUUCCUGCAGCCUGCCUCCUCCUCCCCCCUCCUCUUCCUCCUCCUGCUCCAAGCACACGAGAGAUAGAUAGAGGAGAUGGCGGUGCUGUUGCUCCUGGUGGCCGUGCUUGGCGUGGUGCUGGCGAGCAGCCUCCUCCUGCGGUGGAACGAGCUCCGGUACAGCCGCCGCCGGGGCCUGCCGCCGGGCACAAUGGGGUGGCCGCUCUUCGGCGAGACCACCGAGUUCCUCAAGCAGGGCCCCAGCUUCAUGAAGCAGAGAAGGCUCAGGUACGGGAGCCUGUUCCGGACGCACAUCCUGGGCUGCCCCACGGUGGUGUGCAUGGAGCCGGAGCUGAACCGCCGGACGCUGGCCAGCGACGGCGCCGGCUUCGUCCCGGGCUACCCGCAGUCCAUGCUCGACAUCCUGGGGCCCAACAACAUCGCCGCCGUGCACGGCCCGCUCCACCGCGCCAUGCGGGGAGCCAUGCUCGCGCUCACGAGGGCACACAUGAUCCGCGCCGCGCUGCUCCCCAAGAUCGACGCCUUCAUGCGCGCGCACCUCCAUGGAUGGGCCGGACGACGCGUCGACAUCCAGGAGAUGACCAAGGAGAUGGCUUUGCUCUCAGCUCUCAGGCAGAUUGCUGGCAUCUCUGCUGGCCCACUCUCUGAUGCCCUAAAGGCAGAGCUGUACACCCUUGUACUUGGCACCUUCUCCCUGCCAAUCAACAUCCCAGGAACCAACUACAGCAAAGGGCUCCAGGCAAGGAAGAAGCUUGUGGCAAUGCUGCGGCAGAUGAUAGCGGACCGGAGGUCCUCUGGUUGCGCUCAAGAUGACAUGCUGGAUGCACUGUUGAGCGGCAACGAGGGCACCAGGGCGAAGCUCACUGAUGACCAGAUCAUUGACCUUCUUAUCACCCUCAUAUACUCUGGGUAUGAAACCGUGUCAACCACCUCGAUGAUGGCGGUGAAGUAUCUGUCGGACAAUCCGAAAGCUCUUGAACAAAUCAGGAAAGAGCAUCUUGACAUAAGGAAGGCUAAAUCACCAGACGAUGCCCUUGACUGGAAUGAUUAUAAGUCAAUGACCUUCACCAAAGCUGUCAUUUAUGAGACUCUAAGACUAGCUACAGUUGUCAAUGGGCUGCUGAGGAAAACUACCCAGGAUGUAGAAAUGAAUGGGUAUGUUAUUCCAAAGGGCUGGAGAAUUUAUGUCUACACAAGGGAGAUAAAUUAUGAUCCAUUCCUGUACCCGGAACCGAUGGUUUUCAACCCAUGGAGAUGGCUGGAGACGAACCUCGAAUCACAUCCACACUUCAUGUUGUUUGGAGGAGGUGCCCGCAUGUGCCCAGGGAAGGAAGUGGGAACAGUUGAAAUUGCAACGUUCCUUCACUAUUUCAUUACGCGUUACAGAUGGGAGGAGGAGGGAAACAACACAAUAUCAAAGUUCCCCAGAGUGGCAGCUCCCAACGGGCUACAUAUCCGAGUUCAAGAUUACUGAACUUGUGAGACGUUUUGUGAAGUUUAGAUAGGAUUCAAACUCAGAUAGAAAUAACCCUGAGAUGCUGAUGCUGCUGGCCUCUUGAAAGGAUUAGAACAGCCAUUGGUGCUUGUAAAAUGUGUCCAUGCCAAUAGGAAUAUUAUAGCGAGGAUAUAGGUAUCAUAGGAUUACUAGGAAAUUGAUGUAGAAAGCCACCAGAUGCUCCUGUAUUCUUUUGGUCCAUCAAUUUUCAAAUUUAAACAGAAGUAUCAAUUGGCUUAUAUGCUUUUGAACAUGAUACAGAAUGAGCUAUUCCUAUGCAAA